UCUAUCUUUCUCUCCUCAACUUGGAUAUGUUUUGGGGUUUGAAAAUACAAAUAUGGUCCAAAAUAGAGAAAUUGCAAAGUAUGGAUGUGAUUUAAGAGGUGGUUUUUCAAGCUUUGCGGUUUAUACAAAAGGACUAACAGAAAAUAUGAUUAUUGGUAAUAGCUUAAGUUCACUUCUACGCGUAGUCUCUGUGGCCGGUGCAAAACCUGGAGAAUAUAAUGAAAAUAUUUAUGAUUCACCAAUAUAUGCUCGUGUUUUACCAAAGGAAGUUAAUGAAAUUGAGAUUGAAAUAAGAACGAUGGAUAAUGGAAGACUAGUACCAUUUUCUUUUGGUACAGUACUCAUUGUCUUGAUCUUUAAAAAAGUUAUCAAUUUUUAA